GGAGCUGCGGGAGCGCGUGCUGCGAGGCAAGUACCGCGUCCCCUUCUACAUGUCCACAGACUGCGAGACCAUCCUGCGCCGCUUCCUGGUGCUCAACCCUGCCAAGCGCUGUACCCUGGAGCAAAUCAUGAAGGACAAAUGGAUCAACAUCGGCUACGAGGGCGAUGAGCUGAAGCCCUACAAGGAGCCUGAGGAGGAUUUUGGGGACACCAAGCGCAUCGAGGUGAUGGUGGGAAUGGGAUACACCCGCGAGGAGAUCAAGGAAGCCCUGAACAGCCAAAAAUACAACGAGGUCACGGCCACCUACCUCCUGCUGGGCAGGAAGAACGAA